AGGACAAACAACAACAAACACGCUGCUUUGUUAAUUUACACAAAGCCGUCCUCCACUACCACCUUUCCAUAAAAGAAAUGGUAGUGCAGUCGGUGUCAGUACAGACGCCGCUGCGGCGUGCCGCAUUAGGAAGUAGCGAUAUCUUCAUGGAUGAUGUCGACGAUGACGUAGUUGAGCCGUUAAACGACAGCCAGGUAUACGGAAAAAAGUACUCCGGAGACCCGAAUACAAAAGCGCUUACGCUCUUCAAAGCGGUGCAGCACAAUCAACAUGUCCUAGUCGCUCAAAAUAUCAACGAAGGAGCAAAUCAUGAGGUACAUACGCCUGGUCCUGCAGCUUGUUGUUGUCCCCUACAGAAGAACGUUUCAGCUCGAUCGAGACAUCAUCGACCGCACGGCAAUCUCCAUAUGUAGCCACUACCAACUAGAGUUUGCAGUUGUUUAUUGUUACCUCUCAUGUUCAUCCUUUCUUAUGGAAUAGGUACAGAAUGUAAUCACUUUUCGUUUCGUUCUACGCAUAGUCAGAGAAUUCUUUCAGGCGUUCUAUCCGACCGAACCCGUUGAUAGCCGCACUGCGCUACGAGUCGCCUGUCGAGAUGGGAAUGUUCGACUGACGCGACUCUUGCUGCAGGCGCGCGCAUCCUUGUUCUCGCACCUCGAAAAAGAUAGGUGGACUGCUCUGCAUUCGGCGGCAUACCACGGCCAUGAAGCGAUUCUGCGCCUCGUGCUGCAGGAGGCCUCAGAGCUGCACGAAAAUCUGCGUGUUGACGGGUUCUCUUUACUCCAUGUACUAGCAGAAACCAUCAACAGCAAUUUGCCCGCAGGAGGUGCGGACUUGAUGAAAUGGGUGUUGAGUCCGGCGAGCGGGCAUCAAUUGGCCGUGGAUGCGAAAACCGACCGGUUAGGCUAUUCGGAAUGGACGCCAUUGCACAUGUGCGCGGCACGGGGAAAAAUGAAGAGCAUGAUUCAUUUGCUGAAAGCGGGAGCAGACCUCCAUUGUCGCACGGGCGACUUCUCGCUGCAUCUACCAGGCGCACACAAGCUGCUGCAGGGAGACAUAGUUGCUUAUUCUGGUAAGAAUACACUUUUCUGCUACUGAGUAGAUUGCUCUCCUUAAUAUUCAUAUUCUGAACUAAUCAUAACACAAAAUCCUUAACCUGACAAUCUUGACAUUAUGACUGAAGGGUUCUUCGCUACUCAGAGACUCAUCACGAAGCUCGCCCUCCUGCAGGUUUAUCAGACAGCGCCAUUGUAGAUGGUUUCGCACCUCCUGUUUGUGGGUCGUCGCUCCUGUCCAAGAUUCCCGAGUACACAGUAGAUAGCGGGCUUCUGCCAAUUCACCUUGCCGCACUGGGUGGCCAUCUAAGGACAUUGCAGUUUUUGAUGCAGCAAGGACAAAAUCUCAACGCGACGACCAAGAGGUAUCGAUGGACGCCUUUGUUCUUCGCUGUGUGGGCCGGUCAGCAUGCGAUAGUAAAGGAAAUAUGCCGAAACGGUGGUCGACGAUUCAUAAAUUGCACCGACAGGCGAGCGGAUAGUACUCAACAACUAAUUUAAAUUUCUGAAGCACGUGGUGGAUAUGAUCUCCACUACAGUAAUAAAAGAACACCAGCAGAAAGAAGAAAGACAAGACACGAAUUAGGCAAGACCCGAAUUCUUCAUCGCUUUCCUUCUUCUUUUGAUUCAGGUCAAUGGACGCCUUUAGCUUUGGCAGUGAUGAGGUGCGAUAUCGAGAUGGUGCAACUUCUUGUCGCCUAUGGCGGAGACCCACUGGUGCUGAGUUAGUCCAUGGCUACGUUUUUCUUUUUUCAGAAAAUGGAGAUGGACACUAAUAUGCUACAACGGUCGUGAUCAUCCUUCUCUUCAUGUUGAGGUCCUCAGCAUAUAAAAUCUUCCUCUCAUGUUGAUCAUCAGUCCACCUAGUCCUCCUCUUGUUGCACGUAGAUGAAGUCCCAUGUUUAUUCCAGGUCCGUCUGAUGAUGCACGACUUUCCGGGAGCGCACUUCACGCAGCAUACAACGGAUGCCGGUUCUGAGGACUGGUCCAGCACAGACUAUCGCGUCUCGCUGCUACACCUUGCCGUCUUUAUGCCCAAGGAAGCUGUCUCCUUAUGAAUGAGAAGUCGUACUAAUUCGCAGAACAGGCCUUCUUUUUCGCAUGAUUCUUGUGUCUAGAUAUAGAUGAAAUUGAACUCGAAGGUAAUGGAAUCAAUCCAAGGAAUGAAAUCAGUUACUUAAUAGAUAAUCUUAUCUGUCUGUGUCUGUCACAUGAUAUAAUUACAGAAGAUACAGAAAAUCACCCGUAUUUGGCCUUCAUUUUCUUGCGUGGCGAUCUCGAGAUGCUCCAGACUUUGAUUCCCCUUGUCCGGACGGCGCAUUUUGCGCCAAUACGGCUGUCUAGCGUUCCUCUGACGCCGCAAAUGCAGUCGCAGCCACUUGUCAUUGGCUCUGCGCGUGGCGGCGCUGUGUAUGCUCCGCAGAAUCGGGCUGCUGCGUCGAAGAUGGCACUCUCGUCGAAAAAAGCACGCUCACGAUCCGCUGGCUCAACUGCGACGACUGCAACGGGAGGCGGACCGCGGACGGUUUCCAAUGCGACAACUGCAUUCGAUCAGAGCAAGGCGACGCUACUCAAUACCACUGGAGCGGCGUCGAGCAAAACCGUAGGUGGCACAAUGUAUCCGCUGCAGGGUGGAGGCAUACUUGUCGGCAACGGCGAAGCAACGUCGUCGACAGGGCGUCUUGGCGGUACGAUAGCGGAGCCAGUUUCGGCAGUAACAAAAGGACUCGUAUCCGCUUUGGAACGGACGAGCACGAAUAUAGGCCGAGAAGCGUUGAUGAUUAUGAUGUUGCUGACGUUCCGCCUCAACUACUUCUACAUGUAGUUGCAAAUGUCUUCAAGAACGUAUGAAUAUUUCCAAGAAGUAGUUUGCUCAACACUCUUUUUUGACUCGUGCCUGGAAAUUAGAUGCGUCCUUCCACCAGUGGUGCAGAUUUCCACAUCCACCACACUAACAUGAUCAUCUGUGCCAUACAUGGGCAAUAGCAUCGACCUCGUCUCCGCCACCACAUUUACUUCUAACUCAUGACAACGCAAGCGGUCACACGUGCAACCAGUGGAGGAAAAGAGCAAUGGAGCAGACCCGCUAUUUUUUCAAACCACUGAGGGGUGGUCGCCUAUUACACUUGCGGCACAAUUAAUGACAGUAGAUCCUCAAAGAAAAGACGGCUACAAAUUCACAGUUUGGGGUACCACCAAGGAUGUUUUUUUCUCUAGGUAGUUGUACUUGUAGUUGUAGAUACACUGUAGUAUUGUUGAUAUUUUUGAUAAACUUUUAAUUUAUCCUGGAAUGAAGAGCGUUAAUGUUAAUCGGCAGAGCGCGCAUUCGAAUUCAGUUUCAUAACAUCCUUGUCACAUGGGACAAAAGAAGGUGAUCCGACCAGCCCUACGGUUUUUGUACUCGUAUACUCAAUGGCAAUGCGAGUAUAUGCCAAAAGGUUGGGGAGACGUGAACGAGAUGGGGGUGUAAUGGUCCUAACAUCUGAGGACGCGUGGACCUGGACAAGGGAACAGAGGUUGAAGCAAUGGAUUUUUGCAUCCAACGGCGACCGCGGAAUGUGCACCCCAGAUGCCUCCUCCCGAGCUGCGACAGCGCCUUCAGAUCCCGUGAUGCUAGAGCUAUCACAGAUACUCUUUGCAGAUGACACCGCCCUGCUUGGCCUAGUGACAGAAGAAGAGAUGGAACAGAUAGGAGAGGAGAGGAAACAAGCAACGAAAGAGGAAAGGGAGCCGAGGCCCACCCGACAGGUUAAGAUUCUAGAAGGGGUACUAGAAGGCGCUGCAAUGGCUGAGAACAAGAAGAAACGAAUACAAGGCGACGCAGCCACCAUAGCUACCAGAAACCUUGGAGUGCAAACCGACACCGAAGGUGACAUAGCGAGCAAGAUCCUUAAGGCGUGGCGAUCUUUCCAUGCCAUGAGGGCAAAAGUAUGUGGACUGGGGGGAGUGGACAACACGAGGAGGGGCAAUCUGGUAACUGCGACGCCAAGGUCGAUAUUUGUUUAUGCCACCCAAACGAAAUCUGUCGCGGUAAAGCAUUGCAGACUCAUGGAAAGCGCCGAGCUCUCGAUGCUGUCCAUGAUGGCUGGCGUCCCUCUGUGGAGAAGGAACCAUAGCGACGCCUCGGAUGCAGUCCUUCUACGGCGAAUGAGAGUGGUCCCACUAAGAGCCUUCAUAGCCUAUCACCAGGCGCGCCAUGUUGCACACACGCUCCGGUCGAAAAAGCUGACAGUGGACAAAGCGAUGCUACAAGGACAGGUAGUGCCUCCAAGAAUACGAGACGAAGACGACAGGGAUGCGUUCUUGGCAACAACAACAGGCGAUAGAGCGUUACCUCCCGAAGACAGGAAAGUUCCCUCCCUCGUGGAUGACUUCCCGCGCUACAUGAGGAAGGACGUUGGAAUGGAAGACGAGCUAUUAGUAGGACUGCUACAGCCACCUCCGACGGAAGCGCAGCCGUCAGGUCAGGAAAGGAAGAACGUGACGAAGUACCAAAGGAAGGAGCAAGAGGACUACGCCAGGCGGAAGACUUUCUUCCACGCUGCCAUUAAACACACGAUGAUAAGGCAGACGAUUGCCCGCUGGCAACGAGGAGGUGGGGACGCUCCUGCACUAUAUGCAGAACUUGAGGUGAAAGAAUGGGGCAAAACAACACAGCACACCACGGAGGUGAACUUUCUGACGGACGAGGUGACGCACCUGAGGCUAUCGGAUGACCCGGCAGCAGUGAGACUCAUAGCACCAAUUAGCGCCAGCUUAUGGAUACAAAGUUUAGAAGGCGGCAUGGUCCGGCUCCAAGGAGCGGGUGGCGCGGCAGUGGAUCCCUAUCAGAUAGGAUCAAGUCAUGCGGUGGCGAUUGGUGUGGUGGGAUCUUACAGCCCGCACGCAUCCAGAAAGCGAGUUGAGCUUCUAUUUGACUCGGCGGCGUGGAUGCACCUGAUUUACCUAGAUGUACCACAACGGAAAGGAGGAAGAUCACCGGCGUCCACCUCAGGGCUCAGAUGGAGGAGAGAUAGGACCUUGAGUGUGGAAGUUACCGACGGCUCUCCCACGCCGGUGGUUUACAAGGCUUUGGCAUUAAGUGGUUGCUCAGCCCUGAGUCUCCAUAUGCUCCCACGAUCCAUGUUCGUUCUACUUACUCCGAUACAGCCAGGAACAAUGGACGCAGACACAAUCGCAUCCUGGAGGACACCACUUAAACCAUCAAACUGCAUAGCAUGCGAGGAGAUAGCUGAAGCAACAGAACAUCAGGGAGGACAUCGCCGUGUAACUGCGUGUGGACUCACAGGAUGCCCGAGACAGGAAAAAGAAAGGGCCUUAGCUUGGAGACAUCUGAUACCAGAGCCGCCUGCCAUCAAGCUUGCCGAUAGAAUGCAGAAAGAAGCUCAAACCCGAGUGGACGAAAGGAUGGCGCAAAGCGUCAGAAAACAAGUAGACAGGCCUGGCGCUCUCUUUCGCCUCCUACGUUCAGUGGGACCGAAGCGAGCCGGAGGGAGAAAGCGCCCUGAAAGAUACAGAUGCAUCCCAUGUGCCAAAACCUAUGUCACAUCAUUAGGAUCGAUGCGGGCUCAUGAGGAUGCCCACUUGAAUGGCGACAUAAUCAAGGCGUCCAAGAUAAAGAGACGUGCGCGAGAUAGUGGCCUACUAGGUGCAAUCCGCAACGAGUACAGACCUGAACGCCAUGCAUUCAACGAGAAAUCAGGUAGACACCACUCCGGACCAGAUGCACUGCUGUGUGAGAUACGGGUGCCAGAUGAGCUGUGGAACGAUGUGCAUAAGACGAGAAUAACUUGCAAAAAGUGCGCAAAAUGGCAGAUUGACUUGUGUCAAAAAACAUUGUCCCUGGGACAGCAGUCCAAGAGAGUGGACUUCUACAAAUCGCACGUUCAAAAAUGCAAAGGAAAAAGGAAAGAGGAGGAGAGAAAGAAGCCGUACCUGCAAAACAGUGCACAUCUAAUUAAACGGUCUUUCAUACCCCAUGAAUGGGUACACUACUACUACUACUAACAUGAACAUGUUGAACUUUAUAAUCCUAAAGAUUUGCUGAACCUCCUGAAUCAAAGUCUUCCAAAAAUCAUCGCUCUCACUCAUACUCUCUAACUCUCUCACUCCCUCAUACAGAUCAAGCGACUCCAAACGGAACGGUGGAUCGAUCGACACAGCCGCGGGCGGACGUUUUCUUGACGCUUUUGAAGACACGGCUGGCGCUCCGAGAGGGUAGCGACCUCCCCGCGCCGGUUGUGCCUAGUCGAUUCAAUUAUGGUCACCGAGCGAGCAUCCCCAACAUCAUCCUUGCCUAGUUUCCGAAGGGAAAACGAAAGCAGGGAUGCCACCGUGGAUGCGAAGACAGGAGCUCUUCUAAUUCAAUCAGGUGAGUGAGAACCUCGCCAUCCGUGUUGUGCGAAACUUCAUUCAGACAGCGUCAGCCUACGAAGUCGUUCCAAUUUCGAGAGCAGGAAGAAACGACGAAACCGACAUCGAAGACGAACUUCUUACAACAGUUAAGACUGGUUUUGCACUAGCCCAUAUGGACUAUUCUGAGUGAAGUCCCCCUUGAAUUAGAGGGAAAACAAAGGAGGAAAUAGGAGGGAAAGAACUCACUCAACCAGGCAUAGUCAUAGUGACAAACUAGCGUUAAAGCAGAGGACCAGGAGACAGUAGCCGGAUCUUCGCCAGGACUGCUACCUGGAGGUGCGACGACCUCCCUGGCGACGACAGCAGGCAACAGCUCUUCCUUACGAACUAGGAAGUCAGCUACCUUACGAGGAGACGGAACGCAGAAGACUGCCCAAAUAAGCGUUUCCGGUGUAGAAGAGCGGCAAAUCUAUCCCGCAGGACUGCUAGAGCGAGUGAUGUUAAGGCUUGAGAAAAUCCAUCUUCUUCCCCGACAUGGACAUCGAUCUGAGGCCCAUUUUUCAAGGGAAAACAAAGGAGCACAAAGAUGAUCACGAAGAUGGAUUUCUGCAAGGUCUAACGGUGGUUGCAACCUUCAUCGCGGCUGCGCAUGCAAACCGCCUAGACUUAGCUCGAGUCCUCCUCGAGUCCAACGCGGUCGAUCCGAAUUUCGGAUCUGUAUUGCCGGUGCAGCUUCGACCCCUGCAUAUCGCCUGCGCCAGUGGAUACGGUUCGUUCGCGCAACUGCUUAUGGCUUGACAAGUUCUUGCGGAGGUUAUGCUUCUCCUAGUGCUGAUAAUUCUCGUUUUCUUCAAGAAGUUCAACCAAGUAGAUGUAAAACCAUCUCUCGUCGGGUAACAACUGUGCACAGUAGUUUGUUACAUCAGGGGCGCACUCCCAUGACAACCUCUUCACCCAAAAACAAAUGUCUAUCAUCUUUUCAGAGCUCGAAGUGCUAUACCUGCUACGACUAGUCUGUUCUAAUCUUCUGCUCGAUUUCAAGGCAGACCCUACCAGCAGAGAUGAAAGCGGUCGUGGGCCCAUUGAAAAACUUCAUCUGUACUACUCAACGCUGCUAACAUCAGUAGGAAACAGAGGGUGAUGAAGAUAAAGAUUCUUGUUGUCAGAAAUGGCCUACUUGACACUUCUUUAUUGUUCUUGGUGCCGCCGAGUGGCUCGACUAGGUAGCGGUGAACGUGAAAUUGUAGAGCCAGCGUGUAUGAUACGAGACUAUCAUGUUGUUCAGGGAAAGCGACUGCAGUUUGCUAAUUCGUUCUCAGUAGAGCCCAACUGUGGAUGUCGUAACCCGGAAUACCAGAGUCAUUUUCUUUACAACGAAUACCAGUGCUGCUACUGCUAUUCCUAUUGCCUUCAAAACAUCAACACAACAGAGUAGGAAUUGCAACAUAUCAGUAGAGUGUCGACGGAACGAUCCUGGUGAUCAAGUACAAUUCUGAUCGCCACCCAGGUUUUUUUAGUUGUCAUGGUGAUCCCUGGUUCCGCACGAUGAAUACAGGAUGACGCAGAACAGUUCUCAGCUCUGCUAAGUUUAUCAUGAUGUAGAGUAUAGUAACGAGCAGCGCCGCCAGUAUGUUUUAUUCGCAGUUCUUUUUUUUUUUUUCUUGUUUUUAUACGCCUACCUACGCAUCAUGAGGAACAACGAACAAACAUGACAUUGAGUUGAGUCCGCGCCGAAGCACGCGAACCGAGGCGAGAUGAUUUUUUCGUCCUCUAUCUUCAUGUUCUUUCCGUUAGUUUUCAUAGGUCUACUCAACAGUUGGAAAGCCUUCUUCAGUUUAUGUCGAAUAUCAAAUUCAAAAAUGAACAGCAACAGGCACCGCGAGUGUUGUAGCGGCACAGUGCAGGAGUCGGCUAGCACGCUUUUCUAAUUUCCACCUUGGUACAAGAAAGAAUGAAGCUUAGGCAAAUAUUUUCAAACUUUGACUUUCACGAUAAUUCGACUAGUACUCGUCUAACAACAAGAAAACCCUUGUUCUUGUUCUUGCCAACAGAAUGGAUAGUCACAACCCUUGAAUGUUCGAAAAAAUGAAUGCAACUGAAACCCUAUUUUUAGGCCAGCGGGCAGCAGCCUAACUUACUGAUAUAAAGACAAAUCAACUGUUGAAUUGUGUACAACGAUUGGCGUGUGAUCAAAAAAAAGACUAGUAAUUCCUGGUCAGUAGUUCCAACAUGGAACAUCGCUAUU